UGUGCAUGUGGUAAUGUAGCGGUUAUGUUUAUGUAGUCAGAACAUAACCUAAUUUAAUGAUUGAGUUUCAGAAUAACAUGGUGCUAGUAGUUUUGCUACUUUUUUAAGGCAUUGGAAACUCUGUAGAGUAGAGUAUAUGAUUUGGACAGGAAGUUAUAGGGAAGAAUUAUCAGAAUGAGUACCUCUUUGGCAGAGCAACUGCAGAAUUUAGCUCUCCCCCAAACAACUGCAAUAAAGAGAGAUAAAAAACGCGCUUCGCUAUUAUUCGACCCUAAGGAAGCAGCGGGACUCAAAAGGGAAACCGUUUACCAGAUAGGAUUAGAAGGUCUGGAAGAGCUCAUUCAGAAAAAUGAGGUGUUUCAACAAUUUCAUGACUCCUUGUUUCAUUUAACUGCCAAGGACUUUGAGAGGUCCGUACAGACUGCCGAAGCCAACGAGAAACUAGACAAGCACAUUCGUAAGUUCUUAUGUCUGUUAUCUCCUUACUUUUUACUGAACUGCUCACACAAAGCCUUGGAGUGGAUGAUAAAUAGAUACUCUAUACACGAGUACAACAGAGAAGACUUGUUGAUGCUGUGUUUGCCUUAUCACGAAUCCAACAUUUUUGUCCGGCUUAUCCAACUUGUGAAGAUCAAGGAUUCUAGAGACAGCUUCUACUUCCUGAAAGCCCUUCAAAAAACAGGAGCUCAUUUACCUAAACAGAGCUUAUUGAAUCAUGCAGCCAGCAAUAGCGGUUUCCUGAAAUUCGUUUCCAAAUAUAUUACACAGCUAUUGAAACACCACGACAAGCCGAACUUGCUCACCGUUGCUUUCAAUUUCGCCUGCACGGUUUUUCUUGGGGCCUUGGAGUACUCCGAUACAAUCACCGAGGACCAGGUAUCUCAAAUGCUGCCCCUAUUGUUGAAAGGGUUGAAUUCUCCAAUAGCAGACUUCUGUGCCGUUUCUUAUGUAGUAACCUCAAUGCUGGUGACAAAAACAACAUUAUCAGCUAAGCUCUUGGAUAAGUUUGUUGAGAAAAUAUCUGAGAUCAAAGUUAACGGACUUAAAUCUGAGGCUUGUUUGAUUCUGGUGAUUAUUUAUCAAGCACAAAAACACUACAAGCAGAUACCUCCAAGUGCUGUAGGGAAUUUGUCUGAAAGAGAGUGGUUGCCAAAAGAGUUGCACCUUCUAAACAGUUCUGGAUGUCUAAUCUAUCCGUUUUUGGAGCUGAUAGGGAAUCGAUUUACUGAAGAGGGGAUACAUAACGACCUUAAAUUGGCUAGGGAUAUGGUUACAAACUGCUUGAAUCAGCUCAAAUUGGAAGAGUCAUUUGUGGGCAGUUUUCUCAAUGCCAUACUGGACGCCACACGACCCAAAAUGGAUAUUUCCGAGGAAGCCAGAUCUUGGCUUGUCGACAUUGUCCAGGCUCUGGAGACCCAAUACCCGAUUCCCUUUGACAAAGAAGUAUACAAGAUCCUAUCUUCAACCUCUGACAAAAAAUCUACGCGCAAAAGAAAAUGCCUCAUGAAAAUCCUAAAGGGCGCUUCCACCUACCAAGGGAAAUUCAACAUCUUCGAAAAACUCUAUAAUCCCAAUCCGGUUUUCAGAGAAGAAGCUCUCAAGUAUUUGCUGGACAAUUACGAAAUUUUGAGGGAGACAGACAGAGAGAUCAUCAUCAGUUCUUUCGCUGAUAGACUUAAAGACGAUAAAGUCGAGGUCAUCGGCGAGACACUUUCGCUACUCCAGGAAACACCUAAAAUCAACAAAGCACCCCUGAAGAACGUUUUGAUUCAGCUGGCAUAUAAGUGCCAAGGCAAUGCUUCCUACUGGGAGCCGGUAGCAUACAAAGUCGCAGAACUCUUAGGGUCUAGCUUCGAAGCCAAUGAUUGGCAGGUAUUUUUAGUCUUGUUUCCAUACUUAUUGCCGAGAACUAACAAAAGCCUCGGAAAAUGUCGGAGAUUGGUCAAGUCGAGCUUUUUCUCUAAUCAUGAACUUUUCAAAACUAAAAUUAAUACUUGGAGGAGUACUAGUGACGCUACUUCUUUUUGUGAGGUUUCCCUUGAAGCAGUAGCUUCUAACACCGACCUGGAUAAGGUCAAGGAAUUUCUAUAUGAUGCUCUGAAACAGCUUCCCAUGGACAAGUAUAGAACGUUUCACUUAUACAUAGCUUUGCUUAUAUCUUCUAACCUAUUGCCCCAUAGCUCUUCUUUGGAGAUAGGGGAGUUACUAGUUAAACUCUCGAUUGACUGCGUGAAUUCGUCUUGGAAUAAGGACAAGGAGGAAUCUUCAGUUCCGGGCCAACUAGCACUCGCUGCUUCUGGAAAAGUCCCUCUCCUAGGGGUUUUACAGUGUAUUGAAAAUACUGUUCAUAAAAUGAAGAAACCUGAUUAUAAUCUUUCACUUCACGACUUCCACAAGACAGAUGCUGAUGAAGGUUUUUUUUUACGCUUGACUAGUUUCCUUAUCGGCAACAUCGAAAGUUAUGAAACAGUUCUGAAGGAAUAUUUGAACGGUUUCUGUGACGACAGCCUAUCUCAAGUAGACUUUCUCUUGAAUCUCUGCACAUCGGAAAGUGAGGUUUUGGAAGAGUGCUUCAAGAAACAAGUCCUGACUUAUUUGAAAAACGCAUUGAAAGCCGACAAAGAAGAGAACUGGCUCAUAGACGCCAAUAGACCAACAACUGUAUUUUCAUUGGUGCUGCUUUGUGACCCUGACGAAGAAAUUAGAAAUCUUGUUUUCGAGCUCAUCAGUCUCUUCAUCGACAGUUCCGCCGGGAAGUCUUUCACCUACAUCCACCUUUUGGAGAGUAUCACAAAGUAUAAGGAAGAAAUUCUGACUGACUGCGAUCAAAUGCCUCUGGUUCUGUUCAACAUUCUGGACCCCCAGAGCGAGAAAAAAGGAUCCCAAUGGAACGCCAUUCAGGAUCACUUGCUGGAAAAGUGCUGCAGUUCAGAAAGCCCCGUUUAUCUGAAAGCCGGCAUCCUGAAGAUGAUGUCGCACAUAAAUUCUUUUGAAAUCCUCGAAUCUGUGGCAGAAGUAGCCUUGGAGAUCCUCCGCCAUAGCCAGGGCUCGAUAGAUUCUUUCAGCGCCAAGAUUAUAGGAUACGCCUUAAGCCGGAUCGAAGCCAGUGUCAUGAAAAAACUUGGCCUGGAUACGGUUACGUGGAAUUUCCUGGAAACAGGCAUCAAAGACGAUCGAACGGUAGUAAUCAAUGAAGAAGGUGACAAGAUGUGCCUCUCCCACCUCGUGCUGAACCAGCUGGAAAAAGAGUGUUUCGAAGUCCUGGACGACUCUAUAGCAGAAAAAUUGCUCGACGUGAUAGUCGAAAUUGCUAGCACGACGCAGAACCCUGAGGUACCUCCCGCGGCGAGUAGGAUCUUCAAGCACAUCGAUCUAGACGCAAACUUGAUCCUGAGUCAUUUGACGAGAAUGCGGGACAUACAGUCUCCGAAGGUAGACCAGGCGAAGAAGAAACGCAGAGUGAGUGUCAUCCCCACUGUUGACAUACUUGAUCUAGUCGAGUGGAAGAAGGGCGUAACCGUACUGGAAUUCAUCCAAGAUAAAAAGAAAAUACGCAACAGUGACGUUCUGAUGCAGGUCCUUUUUGACCUUCUCAAACGGUGCCUGAACUUCGACGAGCAAGCUGCUGUGGAGUACCCCAAGCAGCUGCUACUCUCUUCUAUCCUGCACUGUUGCUCGAAGACGGAGCACCCGUUGCCGGAGAAUGUUUUCAACAUGGAGGUUAUAGUGCAGUGUAUCAGAGCCUCACAGAAUCCGCAGACGCACCACCAUGCGUUAUUGUUGCUCGCACAUACUGCCAACUUGUUUCCGACGCAGGUCUUGCAUCACAUGAUGGCGAUUUUCACGUUCAUGGGGUCGUCAGUCUUGCGUCACGACGAUGCCUACAGCUUUCAGAUCAUCUCGAAAAUAAUAGACACUAUAGUACCGAUUCUGGUGAAAGACAACAACGAGGGUGAUAUCGCCAAGGUGCUCCGGGUGUUUGUGGACGCCAUCCUCGAUGUUCCCGAGCACAGGCGCAUGCCGCUCUACAAACAGCUGCUCGAUAAUAUUGAUCCCAAGGAGAACCUCUACCUCUUUCUUCUAGUCGUCGUCGAGGCCCAGGUAUUGCACAGCAGCGAGAAGAAACAGAAGAACGACAAGACGCAGAGAAGACUCGUAAUAGCUGCCGAUUUGUGCGUGCAGUUCCCUCCCGAAACCGUGCUAUACACCGCCGUGAAAAUGCUAGACUACGUUCGGUCCCUGCCCGAGGAAAAGGAAGAUGCCAUGGAAGUGGAUGCUCACAGCGGCACCUUCGACGUAUCCGCACAGAAUCCCAAAGACUUUCGCCAUUACAAGUACCUGCUGUUGAAAUUUUUGACGACGCUGCUGAGCAGUUCUGCUUUUGUCAACCAGGUGGCGACGCUGCGCGGUGAAGAAGAGCUCGCGCUGGAACCGCUGCUCAAGGAAAUGAUUGUCAAAGUAUUACAGUUCGUUCAGAAGAUAUCCAAGGUCGUGGAUAAAUCCGCUAGCGGUCCGCAGGCGCAUUACUGGAAGGUUAUCUUGCAUCUCGGAUACGACAUCUUGGAUAGCAUCAACGCCCUGGUCACGGCGCAGAUGUUCUUGCUGGUUACCAAGGGGUUGAUGGUCCAUACCCUGCCCACCGUUCGUAGGCGGAUACUAGAACUGCUAAACAUGAAACUGCAGUAUAACUCGCAGUUUUUCGCCGAUUGCGAGAAGAGUGAGAUAUAUACGUUGAUCCCGCCGAUAAUAUCCAUAGUCGAAACUAUCGACGAAGGACUGGAGCCCGAGCAAGAGAUUAUAAUCCAAACAGCGCUUUUAUCUCUGAAGCUUCUAGUCAAGUCGCUCGCAAGUGAUGAACCAGAAAAGUUCGUGCCCAUUUUGGAAUUCAUCACCACAAUCAUUAGAUCCGGCAAGGCAAAGAACAACGUCCUAGCUUCUGUAGUACUCUGUCUCGCGGAGCUCUGUGUAAGUCUAAAAGGCUACGCCAUUGCCAGCCUUCCGGAGUUCAUGCCUGCUAUUACGAAGAUACUCAAGCUGCAAAAACAUGAAGAAUCUUCCAGCGUACUUCUAAGAAGCACCAUUACUACUAUCGAAAAAAUACUGGAUAGCAUGCCUCUGUUUUUGAGUCCUUACUUGGAGAAGCUCCUAGUGGAAGUCUCCAUUCUGUUGUCCAAGUGGGACGCUAGCCAAGGCGAACAGAAAACCCAGUCCCUAGUAAGUAAACUGAGCAGUAUAAAACAGAAGAUUGGGUCUAUGAUACCUUUAAGAGUACUACUGCCUUCUGUUGAGCAUUGCUAUGAUAGACUGAUAGGCAAGCACUGUUACAAAGCCACAAGUGCCUUGAUGGACGUGCUAUGCGAAGGCGUGGCAAACCUCAAAGGUGCCGACAUCAACUCCAACUUGCCCGAGCUGACUAGUUUUUUCCUAAACGCCUUGAAGUUCCGGUCGGAGAGCGAGUGCACCUUGGACGACACUAAUUUAGUCGAAAGCCAUGUCGUGAAGGCAUUCAAAAGCCUCAUUUUGAAGCUGUCCGAAAAUACGUUCCGACCGCUAUACUACAAGCUGUAUGACUGGGCGAUCAGGAGUGAGGUUAAGAGCGAGCGAUUGAUUACAUUCUACAACUUGUCCGCAGGCGUUGCGCAGUCGCUGAAAGGUAUUUUCGUUCUGUUCGCCGGGCAUUUCAUAAAUAACGCUGCGCAGACUUUGGAUUCUUGCAACACAGCAAAAAGUGAAGAACUGUUCUUCAGCGAGGAUAGCAAGACGAAGUUACUGCUCGAAAGAGUCUUGGGUACUUUGGAUGCCGUCUUUCUGUAUGACAGCCAGAAGUUCGUGAACAGAGAGCGAUUCGAUAUCUUGAUGCAGCCAUUGGUAGACCAGUUAGAAAACACUCUAGGAGGAAUAGAAGAGCUAGUCGAGCGAAACAACAAACUCCUGACACCCUGUCUCGUGCAUUUUGCAGUGGCCGCUGCUGACGACUCGCUGUGGAAGCAGAUGAACUAUCAGAUCUUGUUGAAGAUGAGAAAUAACACGCCGAAAAUACGGCUGGUGGCGUUGCACUGUUUGACAGAGAUCGUUAAGAAGUUGGGCGAGGAUUUCCUUCCUCUAUNUGGCUUGUGCUAG